CGCCUUUCACCGAAGCAUCAGGUGUUGGUUGGCCCUGCCGGGGAGGGUCCGCGGAGCAGCAGCAGCGUCUAACCCCGCUCGGGCCCCCAUGCCACCGCUCUGGGGCGCCGGGUGUGUGUGUGGGAGAGGCGGCUGGCUGCUCCCCCGCGACCCCCUCCCGCCGCCGGAUCCCCGAAGGGCGGCGAGCCCAGCCCGUUGCCAGCCGAAGCCCCGCGCUUUCCCACUGACGCGCGUCGGCGAGUGACUCAAGCCUACGUCACGCGCGCCCGGCCAAAAGACGCUCUCCUUGCCUGGGGAAAGGUGCUCUCGCGGCGGCGGCGGCGGCGACGCAGCCUGCUCCGUGGGCUCUCGACGGCGACGAGCCGACGGACCUGAGAGAGCCGCAGGAAGAGCGAGCCUUCGGGGAGGAGGAGGAGAAGCGGCAGCAGCAGCAGCAGAGCAACUGGGCGAAGAGCGGCCCGAGCGCAGCGCGGCCACCUGGGGAAGCCGAGGCGCGCGUCAGGUCAGGGCGCGCGGCUUUGCCUUCUUCCCAUUGCCCAGCCGCCAGAGCACUUUCCCCGGCGAGUUGUCAGAGGUCCGCCCGGCCCAGCGCAGCUGCCUUCCGUCCUGCGUCCCGCAGGAGUUCCUCGACGGCGCGCCGACGGGGCGGGCAGCCCGCUGGUAAGGAAGAUCUCGUAGAUGACCAGGAUCUGAGAGUUGACCUCCAAAACCUGCACCUGCCCUAGCAGAUACCCGCUCCAUCUUGGGCUCCCCCCUGCCCCCAAAAUCCCUUCCUACAUAGGAGUGGCUGAGCCAGACAGUCUCAAUGCCUAAGCACAGCAAGGUGACCCAGAGGGAACAAAGUACUGAGCAUGUCACUGAAUCAGUGGCUGAUCUGCUGGCCCUUGAAGAGCCUGUGGACUAUAGACAGAGUGUCUUAAAUGUGGCUGGAGAAAAUUGGAACAAGCAGCAGGAUGUGGAUGACACUGGUGAGGAUCGGCCAGCGUGGAACAAUAAACUGCAGUACAUUUUGGCUCAGAUUGGCUACUCCGUGGGGCUGGGGAAUGUCUGGCGCUUUCCAUAUUUGUGUCAAAAGAAUGGUGGAGGUGCCUAUCUGGUUCCAUAUCUCGUAUUGCUCAUCCUCAUCGGCAUCCCUCUCUUCUUUCUGGAGUUGGCUGUUGGCCAGAGGAUCCGCCGGGGCAGUAUAGGAGUGUGGAAUUACGUCUGCCCUCGGUUGGGGGGCAUUGGAUUUGCCAGCUGCCUUGUCUGCUUGUUUGUUGGGCUCUACUACAAUGUGAUCAUAGGAUGGAGCAUCUUUUACUUUUUUAAAUCCUUCCAGUACCCGCUGCCUUGGAGCGAGUGCCCUGUCAUAAGGAAUGGCACAGUGGCAACCGUGGAACCAGAAUGCGACAAAAGCUCUGCUACCACUUACUUCUGGUACCGGGAUGCCCUGGACAUCUCCAACUCCAUUAAUGAGAGUGGUGGGCUUAACUGGAGAAUGACUUUAUGCCUCCUGGCAGCUUGGAGCAUUGUAGGCUUGGCCAUGAUCAAAGGAAUUCAGUCUUCAGGAAAGGUGAUGUAUUUCAGCUCCCUUUUUCCUUACGUGGUACUGAUCUGUUUCCUGGUCCGGGGAUUGCUCUUGAGGGGGGCGAUAGAUGGGAUUCUGCACAUGCUCACUCCCAAGCUAGAUAAAAUGUUGGAUCUCCAGGUGUGGCGGGAAGCGGCCACUCAGGUCUUCUUUGCCCUUGGACUGGGCUUUGGUGGAGUUAUUGCUUUUUCCAGUUACAACAAGCAGGACAAUAACUGCCACUUCGAUGCAGCCUUGGUCUCCUUCAUCAACUUCUUCACCUCCAUUUUGGCCACACUGGUAGUCUUUGCUGUGCUGGGCUUCAAAGCCAAUGUAAUGAAUGAAAAGUGUGUGGUUGAGAACGCUGAGAAGAUUCUGGGUUAUCUGAAUACCAAUGUCCUCAGCCAUGCACUCAUCCCACCCCAAGUGAACUUCUCCCAUCUCACGGCCAAAGACUACACCGAGAUGUAUGGUGUGAUAAAGACAGUGAAGAAGGAUCAUUUUGAUAAGCUGGGCCUGGAUCCUUGUCUCCUGGAAGAUGAGCUUAACAAGUCAGUGCAGGGAACUGGCCUUGCAUUCAUAGCUUUCACAGAAGCAAUGACCCACUUUCCAGCUUCUCCUUUCUGGUCAGUGAUGUUCUUCUUGAUGCUGAUAAACCUGGGUUUGGGGAGCAUGAUUGGGACCAUGGCUGGCAUCACCACACCAAUCAUUGACAUGUUCAAAGUGCGCAAGGAAGCAUUAACAGUUGGCUGCUGCAUUUUUGCUUUCUUCGUGGGGCUGAUCUUUGUGCAACGCUCAGGCAACUACUUUGUCAACAUGUUUGAUGAUUACUCUGCAACGCUGCCACUCACCCUCGUAGUCAUCCUGGAAAACAUUGCGGUGGCUUGGAUUUACGGCACCAAGAAAUUCAUGCAAGAAUUAACAGAGAUGCUGGGAUUCCGCCCUUACCGGUUUUACUUCUACACAUGGAAGUACAUCUCGCCCAUUUGCAUGGCUGGCCUAAUGACAGCCAGUGUGAUCCAGCUAGCUGUCAGUCCUCCAGGUUAUAAUGCCUGGAUCCGAGAAGAGGCAGCAGAGAAAUAUCUCUAUUACCCCAAAUGGGCAAUGGGCAUCCUUGUCUCACUGAUCAUCCUGGCCACCCUUCCUCUGCCGGUCGUCUUCAUCCUCCGCCAGUUUCACCUGGUGUCAGAUGGUUCCAAUGCUCUUUCUGUCACUUACAAGAAGGGGCGUAUAAUGAAGGACAUCUCCAACUUAGAAGACAAUGAUGAGACACGUUUCAUCUUGAGUAAAGUACCCAGUGAAACCCCUUCCCCAAUGCCUACACAUCGUUCUUAUCUAGGCCCCGGGAGCACAUCCCCAAUGGAGAUGAGCAGCGUUGCCAAUGGACGCUACAGUAGCGGGUACCUUACGGCUACCACUCCCGAAUCUGAACUGUGACCGUCAACCAGCAACCUCCCUCUGUUUGCUGGGUAAAGGAGAGGAGGUCCAGGAGAAGGAAGCUCUGCUUUAGAACCCCUUCCCAGAAUUUACAGCAGACAGGGACUAGAUGAUGUCAAGAGAGGGUAGACGUGGGAAGGGGCCUUCUCCAGCUGAAAUGCCAGAUCCCUCCUCAGUGAAUAAUAGUAAUAAGACACUGCAAUAAAUUUUUAUGGGCAUAAGGAAAUUUUUAGCCAAUUGGCAUUGAAAAACACAAAUUGCUCCUAUAUAAGAGGCUGGGAAAGGGGGAUAAGUUAAGGCAACAGCCAAAGAAAAGAGCAUCAUGUUUUCUGGAUCUCUCUCCUUGUCCAUCCCGUUCCUCUAGUUGGGAAAAGAGAUAUGCCUCAUGCCACUGAGUAUGUUUAACCACCACCGUUCAUAGCACAAGGAAGAUCAGUCCUCUUGGUAUGGAUUCUACCAGACCACCUGUGGUUUUACACUCUGAUAAUCUCCAAAUAGCACAUUCUUGGUCAACACUUCUUGCAAGUCUGGGCCAAGAUAUAUUUUAUGUAGGCAGCACAUUACAAUGCCUGGCGAUGCCAUCAUGUGAUACCUGCCACAUCAUUGCUGAUGUUGGAUCAAAAGCAGUAAGGAACAAUGGGAUCUCGUUUCAGUGAAGUUCGCAUUGGUAUGCGUGCUAAUGUUACUUGCAGUAUUCCUUUAUCAAACGUCUGCUCAUGCAGUGGUGCAAAUUCAGGUAUGUGCCAUGUGCAUAGGCCAGAAUCAGAAAACUGUUCCAUCAAUGUAAAUUUUCUGGAAUUUGUGGUGUCACUCCUGAUAUCUACAUAACUCUGAGCAGGCUGUGACCUCAGCCAUUUUAUCAAAUACACCAUCUGACAUAAACUUUUUCAGUAGCAGCCAUACUCUGCAAGCACUGUGAGUGCAUGCCAGAGUCUUUUUGCUGUCAGUUUUGCGACAUUAAAAGCACCUUUAAAAAUAGUAAUAAUAAUAAUAAUAAUAAAGGUUCUUACUGAAGAGAGUGCGCAACAUCUUUCAAGGUAGUCUAAGUGUGUUGGGUCUGUUGCAUUUUCCAUCAGAUGGUGCAGUCAUUGCCUUUUACUCUUGUGAAUGUGGCUGUGCAUGUGUCACAGUCAUCUAGGAUGCAGCUGAUAACAUUUUUAAUGAAUAGUGAUUCAGCUCCAUCCAACCUCUGGUUAGUCACAUUCAGCUGGUGAAUCUUAAAAGUUUUCUGUUAUUUUCAUUUUAGUAACUAGGAGGUCAUGCAGUUCCUGUGUGGGAGUACACACUUAAUGGGGUUCUUUAAAAGAAUGUUGCUCAUAUAUGCCACUGAAUUUUUAAAAAUCUCUUAAAGAUCUUUCUUUCUUUCUUCAUUUGCAGUUUGAGCACUCCCCUCUGCACAGUGAGUCUGUGGGAGUGCACAUUUUGCCUGCUGGAGAACAGCAGAAGGGCACCACUGCCACAAACCUGCCCCCGGAAUGUCAAAGUGCAACAGACUCUUGUGCUGUUGCAUAUGAUAUUUAUGCUGCCAAUGGCUAAAUGUGCAGAAGCUGCUUUAAGUGCUUUAUGGUUAAGGUGAUUUGAGAGUAUAUAGUCACGGUCAUUGAUCUGUAGAAAGAUCCAUGGCCAAAAUUUAUAUUGUUUUCUCCUGCUGGAAGAGUAUAAGAUGAGGGAAAUGGAACUCUGAGAAUCUUUUCAUGCUUGCUAACAUGGGGGCAGCUUGUCUCAUGAGCAGCUCUUUCAUGGCCUUAAGUUAGGGGACAUGUCUGGCUCUGGAAGCGCAUGCUUGCAGCAGAUAGCAGUGUUGGUUUCAGUGACAGUUGACUGAUCCAACCAGCCGUGCUGUGAAAACCAAUUUAAAUGGGUACCCACAGAUACUAUCUUCAUGCAUUCAUUGCAACACAUUUUGGAGUAGGGUUGAACAGAUUGGUCUACUUCUCAUCCAUGUCAGCUUUUCAUGUGUUUAUUCAUAAGUCAGUUCUACCCUCUUUCCACAUUAAUUUUCAGAUUUCUUUUUUAAAAAUCCAUAUGAAAAUUAAAUGUAAAUGUAGAUUGAAAUACAUACUUAAGAGUGGCUGGGGAGGCCCAGCCAGAUGGGCGGGGUAUAAAUAAUAAUAUAUUAUUAUUAUAUGCAUAGUUCAUCUUAACAUAUGAAAUUUAUAUAUUUAUUUGGAUUAUAUAUAUAUAUCUACACAUAAAUAUAUUUCAAGUGUUUCAAAACAUAUUCAGUAUGAAAAUAACAAUAAUAGCUAAAUGCUACAGCCCAGCUGCUGUAAUUUACAGGACAGUACUGUAAUUUACAGCUGGUGUAAAUGCUAAAUUUAUUGGGUAUUAUGUUACUCCUUUCCCUUUCUCUAGUUGCAGGACCCCUUCCCAAAACAGGCAUCAGUAAGAUCCCCAUCCAGAUGUAAAAGGCAUGUUAAACAGAAAGAAAGAAAGAAAGAAAGUGAUGACUAACACUAAGUCAAGUUCUGCUGCAGAAAAAAACAAUUGUGAAUUAUGAGUUCCCUAAUCUUUUUUUAAAACAACAACAGCAACCACAUUUUGGUACAUUUUUAGGCCAAGAAGUGAAUUGUAAAAUUUGGAGAAGUGUGAAAUCCAAAGCAUAAUUACAUAUCAAUCCAUGUAUUAGUCUGGGAAGUGUGAAUGAGAUCAGUUCACUUAAAAUGCAGACUAAACCAAAUUCUUCUCCAUCCCUACCUUGGUGUAAGCACCACUGAACAUAGUGGGAAUUCUGAGAAAAAAUGCACAGGCUUGCACUUGUAGUGGGAAUUUCUCCCCACAUCACUUUCAGCCCCCUCCAAUCAAAGAGGCUUGUUGUAGCUCAGGAAACCCCCCAGACCUGGCUGUUCUGUGUUGUGGGCCUUGCUGCACUGGGGCAGUUGCCAUGGCAAACAAUUCUGUGUUACCUGACCAGAGCACCUGCUGUCUUUUGCCAUUAGCAGUAGCUACCCUCCACAGAGUCUCGGCUUGUGAAAACUUUUCAGCACUUCUUAGACUCCCAGGACCCUAGAGUACAAAAAAAUAGGAAGACAUUUAGUAAGGUGGCAAUCCAUCCUAGGUCCUGUUGGAACCGAAGGGAAUUCGUCAUAUCAGAUGGAAAGCUCCUUGUGUCCUGGUUUGAUUUUGCCUCUUCUUCUGCAUGCAAAAUCUCCCUGCUACUCUUUCCCUGCUCUCUGCUUUACCCUCUUAAGGCAGGAGUAACCAACGUGCUGUCAUCCAGGUGUAGUUGCACUCCAACCUCCUCCAGCUCCACUCAGCAUGGCAUGGCCAAUGGUCCAGAUAAAUGGGAGUUGUAGUCCAGCAACACCUUAAGGGCAUGCCUCCAGAUGGCUAUCCCUGCUAUCGUUCUUCUGAUUCAAUUCACCAGAAGCCUCUUGCAGCCUCCUUGAAUAAAUUCCACUCUGUAUUACUUGUUUAGUCCCUGUAGAAUUUCUCUUGAGUUGCUUCAUGCAGACUCUGGGCCUCUGGGGAGCUUAGGUGCUUUGGAAACUAAUCCCUUUGCCUGACAAUAUUUUUUAAUAGAUACAUCUCUGAACCCCCUAAGCAAAAAUUAGCUAAACACUACACAGCCCUUUGAAAGUGAGGAAAUGGAGAGAUUGUUAAGUCUGUUUCAGUGUGAGUCAGCAACAGAAGCAAGCGAUGAAGCCUGGCUUCCCAACCCAGCCUUUUCCUCUCUUUGCCUUUAUCCCUUUAGCUUAAUAUAGCUGGAAAGGGUUCGGGUAUCCUCUUUUUAAAAAAAAUAAAGCCCUACAUUGAGGCACACCAAUAAAUGUUAGUGUCUAUUUUGUAUGGGAAUGAAAAAUGUCAAGGCUUAUUCAUUAUGGAACAGCAGGUUGUGUUGUCAGGAAAAAGCCAGGCAUGUGAAAAGGGAGCAGAACACCAGACUGUCUAAAAUCCACAUUCUCUCUGGUUCCUGAAACAAAGAGCUGCUUUACGGGGUUUACUGAUUCUUUGGUUUGCCUGUGCCAUUGCAUAUGCAUGCCAGUAGUUCAUCACAUUUUACACCUUGGCAAGACAAUGGCCCUCUUUCUGUUCUCUGUUCUGAUUUGGCUUCAAUCUGGUUUGUUUUAGUUUGGUCUGCUUUUUAAAGCAGGAAUAUCUUGAUUUGCACUUCCUAGAUGAAUACAUAGAUUUGGGUGCAGCCAUCCUUUUGCACUUCUCUGAAUUUUGUGAUUUUUACACUCAAAAUGCAAAAAUACAUAAAAUGCAUAUUUUAGGUUAGAAUGUGUAUGAAAAUUUGUGCACUGUGAAAAAAUACAUUUAAAAAUGUUGAUUUUUCUGGGUUUUUUAAUAAAAAAAACCACUGAUCGCUGCAAAAGCAGAAUGGAACAGACUUAUGAAUGAACACAUGCAAAGCUGAUCUAUCCAUCCCUAGUGCCAGUGGGUGGCAGUGUUUUGCUAUGUCCAACCUCAAGGUUGCGCCACACAUUUGAGGCUCCCUUGUUUUCUCUGUACAGUUUUGCAUGCAGGUACACGGCCAAAGGAUGUGAAUUAAGCAGUACGCAGUAGCACGUUUGCAGGAUAAGUGCAGCACUUCCCCAGGCCCCACCCUGCAAUUAUGGGAAUUGUUCAAAGCCUCUUCAUGUACUGCUGGUUUACACUAAUAUUUCCCCACCAGUGGUGUGAUCCUGUGAAGAAAACACGUGGAGACCUUGAAUAUGUGACAUGACCCAAAAGCAUCUAAAAUAGCAGGGAAGAAGGAAUGGUGGUAACCUGUAAGGCACAGUGUGCUUUUUUUACCUAAUGACAGACUGAGACACUCUUUUGGAGAUCAUGACAGACUGACAGCUCUGUGUUGCUUUUUCUUUAAUCCUAAACACAUUGCUAAGGAAAUAAGCCCCAUCAAUUCCAAUGAUACUCCUUUCCACCAUCAGAAUACUGGUUGCAAAGGUGUAAUGAAUGCCUAUUGCAGGACUUGGAUUACACAAAUUGCAAAGGGUUCAGAGGAGACCCAGCCCAUUACCUUUUGUGAUGGUUGCUGUUUAUAGAAGGUGUGGGUGUGGGUGUGGUUUGACUAAAAUUGAGGAGCAUGUCAAUAUAAUUGAUUUGAUCAAGGCUCGGCAGAGACUUGUCCCGACACCAUCUUCGUCAGUCAGAAGCAGAGAAUAAAUGAGCUUUGAAUCUGAGCAAUGAAAUGGAACAUUGUCCCCAACACAAUGCCUAUCUUGUGAUGGGAUUUUGAGGCCUUAUGUUUUGGGUUGAAGAGGAGGCUUUGGCCUUCCACUUACUGUGUGGUGGUGGCAACUUUGGAGUUGUGACAAAGGAGAGAUGUAGCUGAAAGAAUUGCAAUCUAGAAGUUUCCUUCUUUUGUGUUUCUUCCUUUUGUGUGUCUUUCUCUGGCCCCUCGUUGGCAUCCAUCUGUCUUGAGAGGCAAUGAAAGAGCGCACCAUUAUGGGUAAAGCCAAACCGUUGGAGGGUUACAGCACCUGCUGUGGCUGUACAGAUAUGAGAGAGACUUGUUUUAUUGCAGCUAGGGCAGAUGAGGGCAUCCAAUUUCGCUGUUGCAGAUGCACCAUGGCGUUUCCUUGUUUCCUACCUUACAAAUAUGGUUAAUUGAGCUCAGGAGGUGGCUACUGUAGCCUAGUGGGGAACUAUGGAAAUCAGCUUCAGAAGGUCUGCUGAUGAGCUGUUACAUAAUUAGCCCCCAUAGGAAGUCCAUUACUAGUUCCAUUGUUCUCUUUCCCAGCCUAUGCUCUUUCUUCCUCUUCUUCCAAUGUUAUCUCCUUUAGAGUGGAGGUUGCUAGGGACUUGCAAACCUCUUCACCUAUAUGUAUUUCUGUUGCUGUGCAUUCUCAGCUUAUGCACAUUGGCACAUUAUUUUCCAAGUUCCAUAGGACAGACUAGAACCAAUGCAAACCAGUGCACCUCCACUGGAGUGAGUAGUUCGGAUGCUCAGGUGAAGCAGAUCUGUGCCAUGUUGCUAUGGAUCUUGGCCACCAUUUGAGUGGGCCAUGCCUCUGGUUCUGAGGUGGGUCCAUUGCAUUUCCUUCUCUUAUCCUGUGGCAUAAUGCCAGCAGCAAUGGGAAGAAAAAGAAACACUAUAGUAUAUGUGUGUAUAUAUAUAGAGUAACCUAUAGUUUCUAUUUCUAUUGUAUAUUUAUUCUGUAAAUGUUGGUGUAAAUUCUGUUAAAUGACAAAGCAUAUUCCAAAGUGAUCCGUGAACUAUUUUCAUUCUCAGUGCUGUACAGAUCUAUUUUACUGUAUAUUUGAUAUAUUUAUAAUUUUUUAGUGUACGACUGGUGACCACACCCUGCUGAGCUGCCCACUUGGGGGUGGGGUGGGUGGGGAGAGCACAGAAGGGCACUGCCUUCAUUAUUUCUGUGGAAAUAUAACAGUAUUACAUUGUGGCAUUUUGCUAGGCGUUAGAAUUGGGAAGUGGUGGGAUUAAAUGUUAGAUGCCUUGAGCAGUUGCUCCAUUGAGUCUCCUUGUGUUAGGGCUUGUAACUGCUGUUGUGUGUGUGUUUUAUUAGGGUUAGCUCUAUCUAUAUCACAGUCACUUUCAAAGCCAUUCCAUAGCUUUACAUUGUGAUGGAUGUUCUCAGUAGAUGACCAUGCCUUGAGGGUGUCCGAAAUUUAUGGCUCAUUCCUGUCAGGGAUAAAACAGGCACACUACAUGCUUUUGUGACCAUGCCCAGGCUAUAUUUCAUAAUUACAAGAAUGAGCCAGAAAUUAUGAUCACUGUUGAACUGAAGUACAGAAAUGGGUGGUGUUAGAUGGGGCGCUUCUGAAGUCAAAUUUGACCUUCCUCUUUAGUGUGGGGAGGGCCAAGUGGCCUUUAUAUAGAUAUACACACCUAUUGUUUGCAUGACACAACUUUGCAAAAAUCGUAGCCAUCAUAUGAUGACGGAUCAGUUGAGAAUAUUCUCAGAAAAAAUAAUAAUCCUGAUCUGCCAUUGAGCUGCCCCCUUUAGUUGAUACCUGAUCCGACCACUUAGGAUAUCUAGUUUCUUAUAGCACACACUACAACUUCCAGAAAGCACAAAAGCCCAGAUGGGAAAAAGCAAUAUUCCAGUGGCCCCUCCAUUCAAUGUCCCUAUCUGGAAUGUAUCCCAUAGUUCUAGUAUUUUCACUCUAAGUACUCAGGAGCUAUUGAGUGAAUCCACUUGGUAGGGGUCCUUUUCUUUUAUACAUUCAUUCUAUGUAUCCUGAUCCUUCAGGCACAAUCAGGUCAUUCCAGGUUUCUGCUUUUUGGUGUAGCCACAUAAAUACUGAAGUUGCUGAAAUGUUUACCCUAUGGAGGAAUGCCAGUCAUACCCAGCACACUAGUUUUAUAUGUUUAACUUGGCUAGCAGCCUCCAGACAAUAGCACAGGCAACAGAGGAAAUUUACAUUCCAAUCCAGAAAAUGAAGUCUCUAUGUAGUACCAAGUUCCACAUGCAGGUCUAAUUCUUUGGAUCAAGAUCUGUGGGCAUAAACUGGCUGCAUCCAAAUGUGAGUGCCAUCAGUUUGUGCUGCGUUGCUUUUGGUUUGAUACAGAUCCAGGUGUGCAUCCCCACCUGCAAUGCAAAUCAGUCAGAUCAGAGCUGGAUGGACUUCAGACACUCUCAUUGUUUGACAGUAUAUGCCUUUCUAUCUUGUCAUGAGAAGGGCUUGAAGCCAAAGCCUUCGAUUUUAACCACGGCACCUCUGUUGCUUUAGCUAAAGAGUGGAACAGGUGAGCUUUUUAAGAGUACAGGGAAUGUAGUUGCCAAUGAAAUCUGAAAGCAUAGAUCCAUAGAUAUGGAUGGUUUCACCAUGUGGGGAAGUAAAACAAUGAAUUGACUGUAGAUGGAGUAAAUAGUCUUAUAUUAACAGUCCAGUCCUAUGCAGAGUUAAAUGUGCUUCGUUUUGCAUAGGUUCAACCUGCACAUUGACCACAUGGUGGGUUCAUCCUGUAGCAAUGACAAAUUGAGUAGACUUGGCCACAUCAGAAAAGAUCCCAACGUUCUUAGUCCUUGGGUUUCAUCCAUUGGAGCUUGGCUGAGCUCAUCAGUGUUUUCUACCUUAAAUUACCUACACCUAGCAUUCCAGGAGUUGAGGGAAAUGCUAAUCAUUUACCCAAUAAGGCUGCUCUGGAUUAACUUUACUCUUACCAGCUGAUAGUUUUCACGUUGCCUCAAAACUGCUUAAUAAACCUUGGCAACCCCAUCCUCCAUCACCUUUAGAUCAAACUGCCUGUAACAUAAUGAGCUGCAGUUUUAAUCAAAUAUAUAGCUAAAAUAAAAUAAGGUAGCUGCUAAUGCAACAGGGAAUCAGGUUCCUGACCCUGCACUCUUAACCAAUUGUCCCCCCUUUCCCCUGAUCUCUUACAGGGACAAGCUUUUUCUAAAUGAUCAAAUAUUACUUGAUCUUCAUGCUAGAGCCAUGUCUUUUAGAUUUUUAAAGUAGCAGUGGGUCCAACAGGUGGCCAUGAGGGAUGUCAGCACAAGACAGGAACUCUGAAUCCUUCACUCUGCUGUGAAAGGAUUCUUACCUCCAGCUGUGGAGCAUCUCCUUCACCGCAGCACAGUGGCAUCACAUUGGUGUACUUGAGAUAGCAGGUCUAUGCAGAACCACUCAGAGAUCUGUUCCAAAAGAAGGCCCCCCAAUGAGAUGUUGUCUUGUUCUGGGAAAACACUGUGCUAUUAAUACCAUGGCGGAGGUUGUUUGGCAACCAAAGCCCGAUUCAGCAGUGGAAUACAAAUAUCCAUUGACUUCAUAGCAAGCCCCAAGAGGUAGAUGCAAGUAGUAUUGUUAGCCUGAAGACAACUCGGGUGUCCUGGGGGAAAGAGGCAGGGAGAGGGUGCACUUGAGCCUAGCAUCCAGUGCCUGACAGGUUGGCCUCCAUAGCUGGGCCCUAAAUCCCUAACUGGGAUGCCUCUAACUGCAGUGAGGAAAGCAGAACUUGGAGCAGGUGUGGUGGCGCUGGCGAGUUUUCUAAACUUUCAUGCAAUGAAAAAGUACAUGUCUCUGAUGAAACUUUGCUGUAGAAAUAAAAACAGCAGCACAGAUUGUAGUGAUUUGUCUCAUAUACAGUGUAGCCAGUGUAAGCACCAUAUGCACCCUGUGUCAGCGGGAGAAUUCUGUUGUAUGGGAGAAAUACUGUAACAACUCCACAGCAGCCUGCAAUUAAAAGAGUUUCUUCUUUAUUACCAUG